CCAGCAUGCCUCUUUAUCACAAAGUUACACCUCAAGUACGAGACCUACUGCACACAUAAUCUAGAUGAGAUCUGUUCCUUCAUUGUCGUCCUCAAUAGGCCCCUGUAGAGCCAACCCUCCUAAAUCCAUUUGACUAUCUCCGUUCCCAUUCAACCUGCCCCAUUUCACAAAAGCACAAACACUUACAAUAUGCUCUUCUCUGCUCCUUCCCUUCCUCCACAGCCAACCGUAUAUAAAGUCUGACCCAACCCAUGACAAUAAAUAUCCAGGCACAACUUCCUUGGCAUCGUCUGUAUGUUUCAAAGUCAUCACCCGUGCGUGGCAAAAAUGACAGUUUGUUCUUUCUGCCUUUUUUUAAUGGUGGCUCUGUUCUCCAUGUGCUACACACAUUCUGUGUCCUGGACAGAGGCGGACGAGACUGCUGGCUCCAUGCAGACUGCCAAGACUGUGAUGGAUAAUGUCCUUGAUGGCAUUUCCACAAAUCAGUGGUCUAUCCCAGCGAGCAGCUUAUGGGACGAAGGGAACACAGAGGGGCUUAUCUUCACAGACCUCGGUCGCCAAGGCGACCCUCGGGACGCGUCCCUAAGAACAAGCCGACCCAGACUGUUUACUUCCAGCAAGUUCCAGGAGGCAGACAAUGGCGAGCCCGAACAAGCGAGGGAUAAAGAGCGGAGAGACACUGGCGAGGUCCUCUCGGUCGGUGGAGGAGACUUUGAUGUGCUCAGAUGCAUGGUGGGACAGGUCUAUAGACCCUGCUGGCAAGCGUGACCCAGAAGGGGCAAAGAACACAAUGUGACACCCCCACACCCCCCCCUUCCAUUGACACGC